AUGGCAGCUUAUUACACAUACAAUUUCCUACCACCAAUAUCAUCAGAUUUAGAUUCGCUUAUACAUGACUUUGAACGAGAAUCUGACUAUGAUUAUCAAACAUUUGCAUCUGUGUGGCAAAAGCAUAAACUCGAAUUUCUCUUCAAAGCUGCUGACAUUCAACCAAACUCAUUUCGUUUUUUUCUUGAUGAUUCAAUGACAGUAGCUGCUUCUUAUCUUGGUCAACCAUGGCGUUUGCCCAUCCAACUCGGUGCACUUUACUGCUUGUUUACAAUCUAUAUGUAUCAAAUAGAAGAACCAAAAAUUAAAAUUCGCUUGCCUAUUGACACAUUAAAUUCCUUUCUUGAUCAAAUGGAGUUAUCAUCAGCGAUACCAGCUGAUGCAAAAACGAUUUUAUGUAAGUUAAUCCAUGAACAUGCUUUUGUGAUUAGUGCAACGAGACACGAGAUGGGUCCACGCUUCUUCACAAAAAUGAACUAUAUGAAAUCAGGCAAAUACAUGCGUUCGGAUGUUUUACUUUCAUCACGUUUGAAUAUUGACGAAAAGCUCAUCACGAUGUGUGAAGAAGCACAUAACUUGUAUACCAAAGCAAAAGACAAUCUGAUUGAAGCAUCCGGUGGCACGGAUAGUCUCCCUCAAGAACUAACAUCGAUUCGACCCAAUUUUAUUGAACAGUUGAAAAAAGAAUUUGAUUUAGAGAGAUCCGACGAUCAAUUCGACCAAGAAGAACAGCCGGAUACUGAACCUGAGCCAAUACCUCAGCGUGGUCCAUCGAUUGGUGAAACUCGAAGUCGAAUACGAGCAAAAGCAGAAAUGAUUGCAAAGCCAAAAGCUUCCGCUUCAGUUAAAGAAGAAUAUACGUUCGAUGAUGAUCAUGAUGAUUAUAAUAAUGAUGAUGAUGCCGAUGAAUGUAGUCUGGAUAUGAUUGCAGAUAAUGUUAAUAAUGAUAAACGUUCUGCUAAACGUGCUGGUCAAAUCAUCAGAGAUGUUCAGUCCUCUGGGACAGGUCUCGACAUUGUUGAAAAAGGACAUAAUGAUCCACAAACAAAGGCGGACCGCGCUUCGCAGCAACUGAUUAUUUCUUCACUAGUGAAACAUUUUCCACAAUUAACUGUUCGGGGCGAAGAAAACAUUCCACUGGAAAAAUCUGCUGCUAGCUCUGAUAUUGAUGAUUUGAUUGGAUCUAAUCUUGAUGAAAUUUUGAAAGCACCAUGUCCAACCGAAUUUCAAAAACUAGAAGAAAAAGACCUUGUCAUAUGGGUUGAUCCAUUAGAUGGAACACGGGAAUUCACUGAAGGUCGUCUAGAGGGUGUGACAGUAUUAAUUGGUGUGGCAACACAAGGCAACGCCAUCGGUGGAAUCAUUCAUCAACCUUUUUAUGAAGAUGGAGGCCAAUCAGGACGUAGUAUAUGGGGUCUUGUUCAUGCCGGUGUUUACGGAAAAUGCGACAUAAACAAGACACCAUUACCUGGUCGAAUUGUUGCUGGAAGUUUAUCGCAUCGUUCGAAAACUGUUAUCGAUGCUGUUAAUGCAUGUCAACCAACCGAAGUUUUACAAGCAGGUGGAUGCGGAUACAAAUCUUUGCUAGUACUUGAACGUCGUGUUCAUGUUUAUGUACAUGCUUCACGUGGCUGUAGUCUUUGGGAUACAUGUGCACCGGAGGCUAUUCUACGAGCAGCCGGUGGUCGAUUAACUGAUGUAUUUGGCAACGGCAUUUCGUAUUUUCCCACUGAUCAAACAUCAGUGAAAACCGGUGUUCUAGCAACGAUGGCCGAUCAUGACUGGUACGCACAACAAAUUCGAGAAAAAAUUAACAAUUUAUAG